CAAGACAAUCCACUUCGUAACUACUUAUAAGACUAUUAAGCCAGUCCUAAAAUAUUCCGUACUUAAAAAUUAGAGGAUACAUAGGAAGAGCUUCUUAGUCUAUUAAUACACUUUGAGUGUGGUUUUCAAGUCUUUAACUACCUUUAAGCUCUAUCCUACCAUGGCUACAAAGCAGUUACUCAAGGUCGAAGCCUUCCAUUAUAAGCUCGAUUCAGUAUCCGACGAUGCAUUUGAGAAAUACAUCAAUGAAGACUUGACUCCCAAGUGGGUCGCACUUAUAAAGAAGCACGAUGUGAUUCGCUACACAUCCACCAUCACGCCCACAACUUUCGCCGGAGAGUUCGGACCGGUACUCGAGCAACUGCGCCCUGGCUGGAAGAUGAAUGAAGCGAACCUGACGCUCACUUAUUACGUGCGCAGUUUUGAUGAAAUGAAGGCGAUCCUAAAUGACCCGGACUACCAGGCCAAAGGUCGCGACACAGAAGUGGGGUGGAUUGAUACGUCCAGGGGACAAUUGAAGCUUGGCUGGGAAACCGUGUAUAUAGAGAAUGGGGAAGUCGUGAACACGACUCCGAAAGAGUAAUGGACGUCGGUCUCGAACAUUGCUAUCUUAUUGACGCUGCGGGAUCUAGGUUAAAGUAGAUAAUCUUCCGAUUCCUGUGUCAUUAUUAGAAUACAAGAAACUCGGGCUUUUUUGGAAACCCACCCCGAUGGCCUCAUCGGUAUAGUUCCGGUAGCUAGUCGGGGAUGGUGGAGCUUUCGGAUCUAUCCGGCGUAACACAAAGGACGCCACUCCUUUUUCUUUGAGUUAUCAGAACUUAGCCGACGGGUUCAAUGGUCAUAAAUUCACACAAAAAAUAUUCCGGCGGAACUUACUGGAAUACAUGAUCGAAUCAUGGUAUAAUCUUGGCCUUGGUCAAGUAUACUAGCCUUUGAGUCUAGCCCUUCCAUCGGCUACUUACCAUUUCAGACUCUUCGUGUUGACUUGAAUAGCCUAUACUUAGACCAAGGCGUGGGAAGGUAUGGCAACAUAAAACACAGUUUUUUAAUUUAGCCGUCUAUAGAAUGUAAUCCAAAC